CAUGCGCACUGCUGGUUCAGUCCGUGGCGCCGUCAAUCGUACUAGCUUCUGGAGAAGAUGGCGGCUGAAGGGUUGGAAGCGCCGGGGAGCCCACGCUGUGGCGAAGCCGGCACCGAGAAAGCCCCCGGUGGGGGAAGCGAGGGUGGGGAGACCGGCCUGGACGUGGGCGGUCCCAGCCAAGACUUGCUCCCGAAAGCACCAAAUGACUCUACCGAUAAGCAGGAAGACACCAAAGCAGUGCAAGGGUGCAAUGGAGUUAAUGCUGAAGCCAGCGUGAUGGUGUCAGGACUCAAAGACCCUGACGCUAGUGAAGGGAACUGUCAAUAUCCAGCCCCCAAGGAGGGACAUGCAGCAGUGGCUACCCCUGUGUCAACAGAAGAACCUUCCCCCUCCUACCCUCUGGAGUUUGAGAAGUUCUGGAAGGCAGCUCAGGAGAAUCCUCAUGAUUUCACGGCAUGGACAGAAUUGCUGCAGUAUGUAGAACAAGAGAAUCACAUCUUUGCAGCACGAAAAGCCUUUGAUGCGUUUUUUGCUCACUACCCCUAUUGCUACGGCUACUGGAAGAAGUAUGCAGACAUGGAGAGGCGUUUUGACUUCAGCAAGGAGACAGAGGAGGUGUUCGAGCGAGGGCUGCAGUCCAUCCCCCUCAGCAUGGACCUCUGGAUCCAUUACAUCUCUUACCUGCAGGCUACCUUAAAUAUGAACCUUCCUGAGUCCAUACAGAAGAUCCACAGUGUGUUUGAGUCAGCCGUAGCUGCUGCAGGAAUGGACUUCCGCUCAGACAAAUUGUGGGAGAUGUACGUGGAGUGGGAAAGAGAACAAGGUGAUCUGAAAUGCAUCACUACUAUUUAUGACCGAGUGCUCGCCACACCAACCCAGAUGUACAGCCACCACUGGGAAAAGUUCAAGGAGCAUGUGAUGAGCAACUCCCCUAAAGACAUCCUGUCUGCAGAGGAGCUGCUCUGGUUGCAAUCCAAGAUCACCACAGGAACUGUACAGAAGCGUGUGGAGACAGAGGUGGAAGAGGUGCCACCCGGGGAAGACUUGCCUCCAGGGGUGGAAGUCAAGCCAGAAAAAGGAGCUGAUGCCCAGGGAGACCUGGACCAGGACAAGAUCCGGGAGCUCGUUAUCUCCAUCCGACAGCAAGUGUAUACCCAGAACGAGACAGAAGUCAGCAAGCGCUGGAACUUUGAGGAAGGGAUCAAGAGGCCAUACUUUCAUGUCAAGCCCCUGGAACGAGCACAGUUGAAGAACUGGCGCGACUACCUUGACUUUGAGAUCACCAGUGGCUCCCAUGAGCGCACCAUUGUGCUUUUUGAGCGCUGUGUCAUUGCCUGUGCCCUUUACGAGGAGUUCUGGAUCAAAUACACGAAAUACCUUGAGAACCACACUGUGACUGGGGCCAGGAGUGUCUUCCAACGAGCUUGUGGCUACCAUCUCCCCAGGAAGCCUAACAUCCACCUCCUGUGGGCUGCAUUUGAAGAGAAGCAAGGAGAUCUGGAGGAGGCACGUCGCAUCUUGAAGUCUUUUGAGGAGUCCAUCCCUGGGCUAGCCAUGGUUCGGCUGCGGAGAGUAAGCUUGGAGCGGCGACAUGGCAACCUGGAGGCAGCUGAAGCUCUGCUGCAGGAAGCCAUACGGGACAAUGAGGGGAUGCCCCUGGCCUCAUUUUAUGCCAUUAAGCUGGCCCGACAGGUGCUGAAAGUUCAGAAGAAUCUAAUAAAGGCUCGGAAGAUUCUCAUGGAAGCAUUAGAGAAAGAUCCGGAAAAUGCAAAGCUCUACACCAAUCUCCUGGAGAUAGAGUUCAGCGCUGAUGUCAGGCAAAAUGAAGGCAACACCAUGAACUGCUUUGAGAGAGCCCUGAACAGUGGCCUCCCUGAGGAGACCAAGAUUGUCUUCUCACAGCGGAGAGUGGAGUUCCUUGAGGACUUUGGUUCUAGCAUACACAGCUUGCUGACAGCGUAUGAUGAACAUCAGAAGUUCCUUAAGCACCAGAUGACUAGGAAAAGAGCCCCUGAGAAUGGCUGCUCUGAUGAACCAGAAGACAAAAAGCUGAGAGCUGAGGAUUCUCAUGGGAUGCUCAAUCCUGGGAUUACUGCUGCAGGCAUGGCACCAGCGAUGGGCGGAGACAUGAGCACCAAUCCAGCAGCCGCUUAUAACUACAACACCUGGUAUCAGAACUACGGCGUCUACGGGUAUCAAAAUCCAUGGAACUACAACCAGUAUUACCCACACAGCUGAAAGUGACAAAGUGUGAGAGAUGCAAUCAGUUCAAAAGAUCAAGGAGCAGCCACUUUACAUUUGCUUCCAAGAAAAGACAUGAAAGGAAAGUGGCUAUUGACUCUCUGUAAGAGAGAGAAACUGAACUGUCUUAUUAAAGUCCCAUUUCUCCCCUCAUUGUGGUGCCCUAACUCCUUCCUUAACCCACAGUAUGAACUGGGUUAGAUCAUGUCUGAUCUUCAUCUCCAAUGGUGGCUACUGCCUCUUUGCACUGAAUUGAUCUCUUUUAGUGGGGAAAGUCUAAGAAUCAUUUCCUGUCUGUGGUGAAUUCAAACUAGCCUCACUGCAGACCAACAGGGAUCCAAAAGCUGAAGUCACUUGGCAACAGCAACCCAUGAAUGAUUCCUUACUUGGUGCUCAUAGAGCAGAAGUUUUUUUUAAAUUAACUUUAUUGCAACAAUCACCCAGGGAAGGGUCAUUUUGUAAACUUUUCCUGUACAUUUCAUGUGGUGUAAAUAAACAUACAAUUAAUCAGACCGUA